AUGCGUCUUUUUAUUGUCUUUUAUUUCUUAGCGGCUGUAUCCGCAGAUAAGUUGGGCUACAACUACAGACCGGUGCCACAUUCUUCGUCCGGACUUUCCUUCGCCCCAGGCAGUGGAAGUGCAGGUGGAGACUAUGGAGGCUUAGCUUCCGGUGGUAAUAUAGGUAGUUCAGGAAACCUCGGUGGCUUAACUGGCGUCGGCAGUGGAUACGAUUCUGGCGCACCAAGUAUUUUAGCUCCAGUAAUACAAGAAGCCAACAAGGAGUUUUUCACAUUUACCGCUCCUGAAGAAGAAUUCGAAGACGGGGAAGCUAGUCAGCAGCUGGCCCACUCUCUAAAGAAGAAUGUCCGUGUAAUAUUUAUUAAGGGACCCGAAAACAAUGGUUUGGAAAACGCUGCACUUGCCCUAGCCAGAAACGCCGCUGAACAAAAGACCGCCAUUUACGUACUGCAGAAACAGCAUGACAUUGCUGACUUGGCGAGCAAACUGCAAGCUGUUAACGAUCAUCGAAACAGUCAUCCACAGGUGCAUUUCGUCAAGUACCGCAACCAUGACGAUCUUGCCAAUGCGCAACGUACCAUUCAAUCGCAGUACGAUCAAGAGCCGGGCACAUCCCAGAACUACAAUGGAGGUGUUGCUCCCGUACUCAACUUUGCCUCGCCUGUGUCAUCAUACGGACAACAACAGCAGUACUAUAAACCAGCUGCUAGCAAUGCGAACGUCAAUUACCUACCACCUUCAUUGAUAAGACGUCUCCGCUUUUAG